GAGAGACAGAGCAGAGAGAGCAGAGAUCGUCGGAGGGGGAGGGGGACAGGAGGGAGGGAGAGAGUCGACUCAAAGUGGAAUCUGCACAAGCAACCUGGGGGAGAGGAAAAACCCUGGAUCGUUUUAACUACACGCCAGAUGCAACGCAAGCAAGGACUUCGUCACACUAAAAUAGAUUUUGUGAGGGCCAGAGGUAUAAAUUACGAAGCAGAAAUGAGUAUCAAACAACUUCCAGAGGUUUGCACCUAGAGAAAGACAAGAAGGACCCACUAGGAAUACACCAACCCAAUCCAAACAACGCCUCCAGUAGGAAAAGAGAAAAACUGCGACGAGGCGACCACCGGAGGAGAAGAGCGCGCGGAGCCCGCGGGACGCCCGCAAACCUCGAGUGCGGCGGACCCGGCGGCAGCCCGAUUCCCCGCUGGGGCGGCGCGGAGGACCCGUCACCUAGACCAGGCGGAGAAGGCCUACCAGCGCGGGAGAGAAGUUUUAAGAAUGAACCGCCGAAUGCUUUGCUCUUAUUUUUAAAUUUACUUUGGUACUUAAAAGACUUCAUCUCCAGAUAUCUGGACAAUCUGGGCGGCAGACAUCUAAGCCUGAAGCUCUUGGUAACUUGCAUUUUUCUCUCUCGCCGCACCCCUCCCCUCACUCUCCCGCACAGGGUUGUCUUUAUUUUACUUAUAGAAGAGAACCCCCUCCCCCAAGUCCCAGCAGGGUUUCCCCCCUCAAAAAAAAAUCACCUUCUACUUUUCUGCGGGUCUCCAGCGCGGGAAAAGAGCAGGCGGGCCGGCUACAAACCGGCCGGCAGCCCAGGUGGGGAUCGAAGUGGGGCUUGGGGGAGCGCACCGCCUCUUCGCAAAGCCGCAGGGCCACCACCAGCGCGGGAGCCUUGGAUCCCUCAGCUUACUGCGAGACGCCGGUGUACAGCCCGGACCUGUGCCCCAACAUGAUCGCCGCCCAGGCCAAGCUGGUUUACCAGCUCAAUAAAUACUACACGGAGCGCUGCCAGGCGCGCAAGGCGGCCAUCGCCAAGACCAUCCGGGAGGUCUGCAAGGUGGUCUCGGACGUGCUCAAGGAGGUGGAGGUGCAGGAGCCCCGCUUCAUCAGCUCCCUCAGCGAGAUCGACGCCCGCUAUGAGGGGCUCGAGGUCAUCUCGCCCACCGAAUUCGAGGUGGUGCUCUACCUCAACCAGAUGGGCGUCUUCAACUUCGUGGACGACGGCUCGCUGCCCGGCUGCGCGGUGCUCAAGCUAAGCGACGGGCGGAAGCGGAGCAUGUCCCUCUGGGUCGAGUUCAUCACGGCGUCCGGCUACCUCUCUGCGCGCAAGAUCCGCUCGCGCUUCCAGACACUGGUGGCCCAGGCGGUGGACAAGUGCAGCUACAGGGACGUGGUCAAGAUGAUCGCGGACACCAGCGAGGUCAAGCUGCGCAUCAGGGAGCGCUACGUGGUGCAAAUUACGCCGGCGUUCAAGUGCACGGGGAUCUGGCCUCGCAGCGCGGCUCAGUGGCCCAUGCCCCACAUCCCCUGGCCCGGCCCCAAUCGGGUGGCGGAGGUCAAGGCCGAAGGGUUCAACUUGCUCUCCAAGGAGUGCUACUCUCUGACCGGCAAGCAGAGCUCGGCGGAGAGCGACGCCUGGGUGCUGCAGUUCGGGGAGGCGGAGAACCGCCUGCUGAUGGGCGGCUGCCGAAACAAGUGUCUCUCGGUGCUGAAGACGCUGCGAGACCGCCACCUGGAGCUGCCGGGCCAGCCCCUCAAUAACUACCACAUGAAGACCCUGCUGCUCUACGAGUGCGAGAAACACCCGCGGGAAACGGACUGGGACGAGGCGUGCCUGGGCGACCGGCUCAAUGGCAUCCUGCUGCAGCUCAUCUCCUGCCUGCAGUGCCGCCGCUGCCCGCACUACUUUCUGCCCAACCUCGACCUCUUCCAGGGCAAGCCCCACUCGGCCCUGGAGAGCGCUGCCAAGCAGACCUGGAGGCUGGCCAGGGAAAUCCUCACCAAUCCCAAAAGCCUGGACAAACUAUAGGGCGCUGCGGACGGCUUGAAAAGCGUGCUCUCUCACACACAACGCACCGCUCAGCGACCAACGGCGGAAACUUGGGACGCAAACUUUUCCGUGAGUCACCUGGAGCAAGAGGGAUCGGGCAGCAGACCUCGCUAACUAAGAAGCAAACCAAGGAGAGCAGACCAACCAAAAAAAUCACGUUCUUGCACAAAAGUGAUCGUUUUCUUCAAAACAAUGUGAAUUUAAAAGGUCACACAAAAGAAGCAAUCGGGCUUUGCCAUCACAAAAUGAAACCCAAGGUACAUUUUCAAAUCAAUGUGUAGUAGUCUCCCCCUUUCCUUCUUUAUCCCCGUCCCUCCUUCACCCCAUGUUCGUUAUCUCCCCCACCCCUAGUUUUUUUUGGUUGCCUGAAUGUUGUCACCAAGUGAAAAAUUUAUUUAACUAUAUGUAAAAUUUCUCUUUUAAAAAAGUUUUACUGAUGUUAAAUGUAUCUCAGUGCCAAUGUCAGACUGUGCCCCCUCGCACCUCUACCCCUCUCCCUAAGACGUCUUGUUGAAAACAGUAAUAAAAAUGCGACUUUACAUUGCACUGGCUGCUGCGGAUUGUUCUUAAAUGAAGGCAGGUGAGAUCACUUCUUUUAAUUCACAAUAUAAAAGACAUGAACUUCAGAACUAAAUGCAAGAAGCUUCAUGAACUAUGACUCACAACAUUUAAAAUUCAGCGCAUUUUGAAGAAUUAACUGCAUAAAUUCCCACCAAAAUCCUUAGA